AUGGGUCAUGCCCAAACGUCCCUGAAGCGAUCCGAUUGCACUAUUACUAGCCAGGUUUCGCGCGACCUUUAUGAAGAGGUGUGCAAGGCCUGGUUCGGGGCUUGCAAGACUCUCCCGCCUGGUGCCGUCUUGCAUUACACCAUUCAUUCAUUGGGCAAGACUGGUAUCCAGGCUGGCAAAGACCGCGGAGAGAAUAGCAUGGGUCAUGAGGACGUCGCCCGGGUAGGUUUCCGCCUAUACCAUGUCCGAAACGGUGCAGUCCUAGCGAAGGCCCAAGGAGUCCUCCUGGACUUCAAGUGUACGAGCUUCGCUGCCGCCUCGCAGAAGGUGCUGAGCAGCUACAGGACCGAUAAUUCUAAGCGGACGCAGGAGGUGGCAGCCAAGUACGGCCCGGAGGGCCUAUUUCAGAAAUUACAGAAUGGUGGAUUCCUUCUGCGUGACAAUGUCUGGGUGCAUAUCUCGGACAGAAGCGAAGUGGGGAAUUUUGACCGUCUAGUAGCCAUGUGA